AUGUUAUCUAAAGCUCGAGUCCUAUUUUCCCGCACCGCCAUCCACCCGGGGUCGUUGGUAAAAGCGCUUACUCCGCAACAAUGUCGCUUGGUGCACAUUUCCGAAGCAAACGUGUUGCCCACGGAAGUGAACCGCCAAUCACCAGAAUUUAAGGAAAAUUACGGCCAAAUGAACGAUCUGGUCGCUAACUUGAAACGCAUCACGAACGAUGUCCUGUCGGGCGGAGGACCCGAGGCGAUCAAGCGGCACACUUCGAAGGGCAAACUGCUGGCUCGUGAUCGGAUCAACCGGCUCGUCGAUCCCGGUUCUCCCUUUCUCGAGCUGUCCACGUUGGCCGCGCACGAAAUGUACGGCAAGGACGUUGUAAACGCGGCCGGCAUAGUAACCGGUAUCGGCAGGGUGCAGGGGGUGGAAUGUGUGAUCGUAGCGAACGAUGCCACCGUCAAGGGUGGUUCGUACUAUCCGAUCACGGUGAAAAAGCACUUGCGCGCGCAAGAGAUCGCCCAGGAGAACAAUCUUCCGUGCAUCUACCUCGUGGAUUCGGGUGGCGCAAAUUUACCCCGCCAGGCGGACGUGUUCCCGGAUAAGAUGCACUUUGGGCGUAUCUUCUACAACCAGGCCAACAUGUCGGCUCGGGGAAUCCCCCAGAUUGCCGUCGUCAUGGGAAGCUGCACGGCUGGAGGUGCCUACGUUCCUGCCAUGGCCGAUGAGAGCAUUAUCGUGAAGCGACAGGGCACGAUCUUCCUGGCCGGACCACCCCUUGUGAAGGCCGCUACCGGUGAGGUAGUUUCAGCCGAAGACCUCGGUGGUGCGGAUCUUCACUGCCGCACAUCCGGCGUAACCGAUCACUACGCCGUAGAUGAUGAGCACGCGCUGUACCUCGCCCGGCAGAUCGUGAAGAACUUGAACCGCCCCGGAAGCAGCAACUACAACGAACUGGCCAGUUACACCACGUCCCGCAUGAUGGAACACGAAGGACUCACGUUCGGUACGGAAGCGGAAGCACCGCGUUAUCCAGCCAGCGAUUUGUACGGCAUAGUGGGAUCGAAUCUCACGAAAUCGUUCGACGUGCGCGAGGUGAUCGGACGCAUCGUUGACGGCAGUCGGUUCACGGAGUUCAAAAAGUUCUACGGUGAAACGAUCGUGUGCGGGUAUGCCCGUUUGUACGGCCAGCUGGUCGGCAUUGUCGGCAACAAUGGGGUGCUGUUUUCCGAGAGCGCCCUCAAGGGAGCACACUUUAUUCAGCUGUGCGCUCAGAAGCGCAUUCCGUUGCUGUUUCUGCAGAACAUCACCGGUUUCAUGGUUGGCCGGGAUGCUGAAGCGGGCGGUAUCGCAAAGAACGGCGCCAAGAUGGUGACGGCGGUUGCGUGCGCUAACGUUCCGAAACUGACGCUCAUUAUCGGUGGAUCGUAUGGGGCCGGAAACUAUGGUAUGUGUGGGCGCGCAUACUCGCCCCGUUUCCUGUACAUGUGGCCGAACAGUCGCAUUUCGGUUAUGGGCGGUUCGCAGGCAGCUGGCGUGUUGGCGCAGAUUACGGAAGAGCAGUACCGCCGGACGGGACGCGAAUGGACGGAGGAGAUCGGCGACCGUAUUAAGGCUCCGAUCGUGCAGCAGUUCGAGGCCGAAGGAUCACCCUAUUACAGUUCGGCACGAUUGUGGGAUGAUGGUAUUAUCGAUCCGGUUGAUACGCGACGUGUGCUAGGGCUUAGUCUGCAGGCGGCUCUUAACCAACCGAUCGGUGAAAGCCGUUUCGGUGUCUUCCGUAUGUAACGCGUCCACGUGACGGGCUGGAAAGGACCUCU